AUGGCCGUCCUGGACGGCCUUCCUGGUGUUGAGAUUGCCGUUGUUGUGGACACAAAAGAUCUGCCCGAAUAUCAAGACUCGGACACGGCAAACAAAGAAGACACCGUUACGAAGUACAUCGAAGCUGUCGAUGGCGCCAACUUUGCAGCCAAGAUCAAGCUCACCAAGGACUUCGUGUUCAAGGGUGAUUUGAUUUGCGUACAAGUCCGCAUUGAUGGCACACGUGUCUGCGGCUUAUGUCUCGUUCCUGCAGAUGUGCAGGCUGGUAGCUAUAACUACAACGUGGACAACAUUCGGGUCAACAAUGAGAGUGCACGACGACUCAAGUUCAAAGUCCUCGAGACUGUCAGUGAGGAAGAUGCUGGCGUAUCUGACAACAGGGAGCGUGUCCAAAACAUGGGCAAGAUCGAAAUACGUGUUGACCACGAAAACAAGACUGGAGUUGGUACGAGCACGAACGACUACCAAAGUCCAGUCAUCGACGAGAGCGUCAUCUCAGAGAAGGACGUUAAGGGAAAAGCAAUCACACACACCUACGGCUUAGGCGAAGAGAUUGAGGUUAAGAGCGGCAAUGUAGUGUGGUACACAGCACCCGUCCUGGGAGUGAAGUCUCCGGCAGCAACAUUUGUGUUCCAUUACAGAUCGAAAGCUGCCCUCAAGGACCUCUUGAUCAUCCCAAGAACACCGGCUCCUACACCACUCGAAGAGCGCCCUAUCGAGAAGCUCAGCCAUGAAGAGACAAGGGAACUACUUCGUCGAUACCAAGCUGAGAGAACCAACACUGCUACAGUCAAGAAAGAGCCCAAGAGAGAGCGCGAAGACAACAGUUCCAGAAACUGCCGCCGCUCCAAGAGAGCACGUCCAACUCCAGGAUCGGUCUACCUCGAACUCAACGACGAUGACACUUUCACGCAGAUCGCCGUACCAGAAAAGGAACAGGAGCAAGAUGUCAGCCCACUGGACUGA